AUGAAAGUAGCGGAAGAUCUUUUGAAUCCAUUUAAUGAAGAUGAUAAUAAUUUCGAAUGUAAUUUUCUAAUUGAAAAAAAUUUACCUGUUUCAUUAUGUAUCGUUAAUGAUGCAUCCAAUAAUGUGCCAAAAUUGGAAAAAGAUAAAUUUUAG